AUGAGGGUUACCUGGGAAAUCUUCGGCAUGACUCUUCGAGGGCGCUUGCUGGACAAAAAUGGAGAUGCGCUGGAAGACGUCCAAGCAGUGGAGUUUGCCCCGCAGGAUGUGGAACUUGGCCCGCUGGAGUCCAAGAAGAUUCGGCUGGUCGCGGUGCCACGUCAGGAGGGGAUGCUGCAAAUCCAGGGCGUGAAGUGGAACAUCUUUGACUGCAACCAGGUGGUCUGCGAUAGGCCAUUCCAGCUGAAGGGGCGACGACUCAGAAGCACGCUUGAGCAGCGAGCUUCAAGGACGGGAAUGUACAGCGCAGAUCUUCGAAUGGAGAUUAAGGUGCGUUCCUGGAAGCCCCGUUUGCAAGCGCGCUUGGACGGGUGGCCGUCACCGCCAGAGCAGCCAUCCGAAGAGCCGCCUGCGGCGUUGAUGCAAGGUGAACUGCAUCGCUGCAGUCUCAUCAUCAAAGCCGGUGAUGCGGAUUGCCCUUUGAGACUGCUGCAAGUUGCCACGUCACAUCCCCAGUUUGUUGCGGUGGAGAACGACAGCCUGGGCAAUCAGGGCGCCAGUGCGGAACUAACGGCUGAGGGCAUCCGGUUGCAGGGAGACCUGCAAAGUCUUUUCGACGCUGCCACGCAUGAGUUGAAGCUACAAGUCCUACUUCGUCUGGAUGCUGGCGCUCACACGCUCCGCUUUCUCAUUCUAGCUGAGGCGGGCGUUGCAGACGUGCCCAAGAGUGACCAGAGGCAAUGGAUAACCUUGGAGGAGCAGGUGGUUGUGCAACCAGCUGUAUCUGUGACAGCCAGGCCAAGCCCUUCAUUCUCGUCCGACGGCCGGUUCAUCUUCACUUGCCUGGUCGAGAACCGUCUUGCCACUCCAGUGCAAGUUGUUGGUAUCAGCGGCUUUUGCGAUUUGGCGCCAGCGCCGCUGGACCUGCAGGCCUUCACAGCAGGUGAGCAGCUCGUUGCUCCGGGCGAUUCAGUUCAAUUGCUCUAUGCCUUGUGCUGGCCUGCCGAAUCCGUGCAUGUGGCAACACGGCCUGCAAGGUGGCGGCUUCUGCAGGCUUGUCGGCAGGCAGCUGCAUGCAGCUCGAAAUCCAAGUCGAAACCUUGCAGAAAGUCCACCACCACAGACUUGGCAAUCCAGUGGCGUUCAGAAGGGAGGGUCGGCGAGGCCUUCUGUCUGCAAGUGCCUUUGGAACGCCCAGAAGCCCCACCAUGUCCUCUCGACCUACACUUGUUGGCCCCUGAUACAGCCGAGGUGGCACAGCUGGUACCCGUGACAGUCAAAAUCCGCAAUGCGUCUUUGGCAGGUCCCGUGUCCUUUUACUUCAUGGCUGAGUCCACAACAGACUUGGCAUGGGUGGGCUGCGAGCGGUCAGAAAUAAUCCGGCUGCCUGCCAAUGAGUACCACUCAGAGAUAAUCCAAGCGUAUUUCAGCCAACCAGGGAUCUAUAAUCUUAACCGCUUUCGGCUCUACGUCGUUGGCAUGCCUUCCAGCACUGUGCCAGCAUCUGAACAGGCGCCCAUGGCAUUUGCUGUGCCCUUUGAGCGGCUUCUGCAUGUUCAGGCUGUCGACUCGCUUGAUUCAAUGAAGAAAAAGACGCCCGAGAUGCGCUGA